AUGGCGUGCAGGAUCGGCUUGCUUCUCUACGUGAUCUCCCAGCUCCUCGCGUUUCUCUUUGUGCUGGUGGGUACGCCGAUCGACAUGUUUCGCCCACACAACACAAGCCGGAUCGGCAACACGCCGUGUCUGACCUUGUGGGGUUACAAGAGCGAAUGCUACAGCACAAAGUACGACGUGAGGUCGGACGAUCUGUGGGCGAACUGCACUGACCGCCUCCUCCAGUUCCGCGUUGCCGAAGCACUCGCUGUCAUUUCUAUCUUCGUGUACGGCUUGGCUUUCAUCUUCGGCGUCCUUAUGCUGUGCUGCUGCUUUUGCCUCCGCUGGGUCUGCCUGACGCUCAACAUCCUUGGCUUCGGCACCUUGGGCGUCGUCUGGGCGCUCAUGGUGGUGGUCUACUUCAAGGAUGACGGGAGCAGCUGCCGGAAACUGAGCGAUCAAUAUCACCUCGGUGCCGGCUUUGCUCUUUUUGUGUCGACGUGGUGCCGAGAUAUCUUUAGCAUCAUCUUUCUGCUUCUCCCCUGCCUCUCGGACGACUCCGGAAACCAAAAAGACGCGGACUAG